ACUGUUGACCUGAAGCCUGACUGGGGCAAGGGCUAUUCGAGAAAAGCAGCCGCUCUUGAGUUCUUAAACAGAUAUGAAGAAGCCAAGCGAACCUAUGAGGAGGGUUUAAAACAUGAAAGGAAACUACAAGACCCUCGGAUUAUGACAACACUCAGUGUCCUGCUUGGGGUUGAUCUGGGUAGCAUGGAUGAAGAGGAAGAGGCUGCAACUCCUCCUCCUCCUCCUCCUCCUCCUCCUCCUCCUCCCAAAAAGGAGACCAAGCCAGAGCCCAUGGAAGAGGAUCUUCCAGAGAAUAAGAAGCAGGCACUAAAAGAGAAAGAGCUGGGGAAUGAUGCCUACAAGAAGAAAGAUUUUGACAUAGCCCUAAAGCAUUAUGACAGAGCCAAGGAACUGGACCCCACCAACAUGACGUACAUUACCAAUCAAGCAGCGGUAUACUUUGAAAAGGGUGACUAUAAUAAAUGCCGGGAGCUUUGUGAGAAGGCCAUUGACGUGGGGAGAGAAAAUCGAGAAGACUAUCGACAGAUUGCAGAGAAAAUCCUGAAGGAGCAAGAGCGGCUGGCCUACAUUAACCCUGACCUGGCUUUGGAGGAAAAGAACAAGGGCAAUGAGUGUUUUCAGAAAGGAGACUAUCCUCAGGCCAUGAAGCACUAUACAGAAGCCAUUAAACGGAACCCACGAGAUGCCAAACUGUACAGCAAUCGAGCUGCCUGCUAUACCAAGCUCCUGGAAUUCCAACUGGCGCUCAAGGACUGUGAAGAGUGCAUCCAGCUGGAGCCGACCUUCAUCAAGGGUUACACCCGGAAAGCCGCUGCGCUGGAGGCCAUGAAGGACUACACAAAGGCCAUGGAUGUGUACCAGAAGGCCCUGGACCUGGACACCGGCUGUAAGGAGGCUGCUGACGGCUACCAGCGCUGUAUGAUGGCUCAGUACAACAGGCACGACAACCCUGAGGAUGUGAAGCGACGGGCCAUGGCUGACCCUGAGGUGCAGCAGAUAAUGAGUGACCCAGCCAUGCGGCUCAUCCUGGAGCAGAUGCAGAAGGACCCCCAGGCACUCAGCGAACACUUAAAGAACCCUGUAAUAGCGCAAAAGAUCCAGAAGCUGAUGGAUGUGGGUCUGAUCGCAAUUCGGUGAUGACUUGCUCACCUCUUCCCUUCGCCCUCCCAUGUGGAAAGACGCUGGGAUGGCGGCGAGCAGCACAGCAGAGGGAGAGGGGAGAAAGAAGAGCUUAUCUUUAUAUUUAUACAUGCCUACCUGGAAGACACAGACUCAAACAGCCGCCGCCACGGGCCUCCCAGCACACGCAUGGUCUCCUCACUGCUGCCCUCGAGUUUUGUGUCUCCUUCCCCCAUGCCCUGGUCUGUCUCAGCUGCUCCCCCAUAGUUGGUUAUUUUUUAUUUGGGACAGUGGGCAAUAUGGGGAGGGAAGGGUCUUCUUCCCAACCUGCGGUCCCAGCUGUCUUCAUAUUGUUAUUGCCACGUCCCCACCUCCAAUAAAACAAGCCAGUUGGACGUGGUUA